GGAAGUGUUCGCCGUCGGUUCGUGUCUUCCCUUUCUCCAAUCUCGGCGAUGUUGUCGGCGGUGACGCAGCGGAGGUGUAGCCUGACGCGGGCUCUUACGUGUCGGCUACAAUAAAAGUGGAGCUCCGGAGGCCGGGGAGCGACGAAGAGAGUCUGUAUCGUGUCUUUAUGAGGCAUUAGUUACGUUGGUGUAACCAUGAUCUGCGGUGAGGUGAUGACUUGUCCAGGGUGUACCCCGCCUUCCACCCCAAUGCAGCUGAGAUAGGCUCCAGCACCCCCGGCGACCCCCAAAGGAACAAGCGUAGCGUCCUCAGCGUAGCCAAUGAAGAUGGAGUCGGCGGCUGAGGCUCAGCAGGGGGCGGAGUCUGCCGUGACAGAGACAGAACAGCAGCAGGUGCAGAUGGCCACCUUGGCGCAGGUAUCCAUGGCAACAGGCCACGCCUCGGCCACCGGCCCCACGGUUACGCUGGUGCAGCUUCCCAAUGGACAAACAGUCCAAGUGCACGGGGUCAUCCAGUCGUCCGUCAUCCAGUCCCCACAAGUCCAGGCUGUGCAGAUCUCCACCAUAGCAGAAAGCGAAGACUCCCAGGAGUCGGUGGACAGCGUGACUGACUGCCAGAAGAGGCGGGAGAUUCUGUCGCGGCGACCUUCGUACAGGAAGAUCCUCAAUGACCUCUCCUCCGACGCUCCGGCCGUCCCUCGCAUCGAGGAGGAGAAGGCGGAGGAGGAUGCGGCCUCCGCACCCGCCAUCACCACCGUCACGGUGCCCACCCCCAUCUACCAGACCAGCAGCGGGCAGUACAUCGCCAUCACACAAGGCGGCGCCAUCCAGCUGGCCAACAACGGCACCGACAUGCAGGGCCUCCAGGCUCUGACCAUGACUAACACGGCCGCUGCCCAGCCGGGGGCCACCAUCCUCCAGUACGCCCAGACCAGCGACGGCCAGCAGAUACUGGUUCCCAGUAACCAGGUGGUAGUGCAAGGGGAUGUCCAGGCCUAUCAGAUCCGAGCGGCGCCCGCCAACACCAUCACCUCCGGGCUGGUCAUGGCCUCGUCACCUGCCUUGCCCGUCCAGGGCGCCACAGUAGAGGUCACCCGCAAGAGGGAGGUGCGCCUCAUGAAGAACAGAGAGGCGGCCCGCGAGUGCCGCAGGAAGAAGAAGGAGUACGUCAAGUGUCUGGAGAACCGAGUGGCUGUCCUGGAGAACCAAAACAAGACGCUGAUCGAAGAGCUCAAAGCCCUCAAAGACCUGUACUGUCACAAAACCGACUAAAGUCCACUCCAGGAACCUCACUCUGGGUCCAAGUCGCUUUUGGGUUGGUUCCAAAUCUUUGACUCCUCAGCUCUGCUUGAGUUUGUCUUUCAAUCUCUUCAUCUGCUUCCAUGAGGCUCCAACAGCACUUUUCACCUGAACCUGAGGACAUCAGGUGUCCUUUCAGGUGUCUGGGCCCACUUCGCACAUCCUUGUAGCCAAGGAAGAGAUGGUUGCUAAUAACACCGUAUGUCCUCCAAAUCAAAGCAUUUGAUUCAUGCCACCUUCCACAUCUUCAAAAAUAAUCCAAGAGAGCGCUGUGGUGUGACACGAGGCAGACCUGGAAGCAGGAAGUGGUUAGCAACUUAAAGGGUGUACCGGUUUUGUAGAUACCUCAGUGUUGCCCUUUCAAAGUCUUCCCAAUAACACCGUGACGUGUGACGGUGUCAGACAAAAACUUGGUGUGUAGUUUAGCCUUGACUGGGUCUGAAAAUAGACGACAUCUCCCAGAAUCCUCCGACAAGGUGGGAGCGUGGAACGCCGUAAGCAGGAAGUGAAGUGUGUUUGUACUCUGACUAGAUGAAAGGAAUUGUUUGGUUUUUUUGGGGAUAUUUUCUGAACAAAUCAUCAAAAUCCAUCCAUAACUGAGUUAUGUUGCUGACAAACAAACCCUGCUGGAAACAUAACCCACUUGGCGGAGGGAAGAAAGCGCGCCGCUUUUGUCUGGAGCGUUUCCAAAGCGACAGAGCCAGGCGGUCACGUGGCACUACUAGGGAAGUCACCAAAACACCGUACACUGCGAAACAUAGGACUAAACUUAAAAGCUACUUGAUACAUCCUCAAUCCAUCAAUCUAUUUAUGUGGCGGGGCUGGGAGCCUAUCCCAGCUGCACUCUGGACAAGUCACCGCCUCCUAAAGCAUCACACAGAAAUGCUAUUUGAAGCCAAACAUCAGUUUGUGAGGUAUUUACAUGACUCAAAUUUCAAUUGGUAUCUAACUUUUCUGAACAUGUCCACUGUGGAGGACACUGCUUCUCCUACAGUCAAACUAGUGACACCGUCACUUUAAACACACUUGCUUGAAUAUUUCCCAGCACCAUACUUUGAAACUGUUGCACGAGCAGUCUUCCUCAGGGAAUAGAACCCCCUGGUCACUCCCAAGUUCUUUUGGAUGAUACAGUAUAUAUGUUGAGUAAACAGGACCACCGAGACAGAAUAGUUUUACUAAAGCUUUAGGAGACCAGCCCUUACAAUGCGACAAUAGUAUCAGCAAGAAGAGGUCUAAAAGUAAGACAAAAGGAGUUAACUCUAUAGUGAGAAGCAUCCCCCCCCCUUACAGAGAGGGAUGCGCCUGCUGAUAAGAAGAGGGAACUGAAUCAAAGCUCCCUUUUGAGGAGUGAUCCAUCAUGUUUGUAUAGACACUGGACGCUCUAGGACCAAAUAUGGACAUCAACAACAGACAAUAACAGAAGUAUACCGGCCGCACCAACAUCUCCAGGGUGGAAAAGUACCAGUAGCAUGAUGACACAAUACAAUGUUAUACUAAAGUAUAUCAACAAUAUAUGCAUUAUCCACACUCGUCAUAAAUAGGAUUACAACUUCAAUUACAGCAACAUAAACAUUCCUGACACUUCAUUUGGCAAACUAUGGCAUUUUUAGGAGACAUAUAUCACAAUAAUAUCAUAGCGUGGCCUAAAUACCAGGACAACAUCGUGCUGUGACAUUUGAUGCCGAGCAGCUUCACAUUGUACACACCAUAUUGUCCUUCACAUUGUACACACCAUAUUGUCCUUCACAUUGUACACACCAUAUUGUCCUUCACAUUGUACACACCAUAUUGUCCUUCACAUUGUACACACCAUAUUGUCCUUCACAUUGUACAC